AUGAAAGUCGCGCGCUCCGAUCAGUUCUGGAAGUAUAGUCAUGUGCCUGUGGGUCUGUCACGGCUUUUGCUUGAACGCGAAGUGCGAGGAAACUCUAGUGUUAUUAAUUCUGCCUGUCAAGGUCAUGGCAGUCUCGUUCGCCGCCUUCAGUGCGAGGCUGUGCUUGAUGGGCACGAAGGAUGCGUAAAUACACUUCAAUGGAACGAAAGUGGUCAAUUAUUAGCAUCUGGAUCAGACGAUCAUAAGGUAAUUAUAUGGAGAUAUAACCAACAUAAGCAACAGCAGGUGAUCGAGUCAGGUCACAGGCUUAAUAUCUUUGCCGUAUGUUUCGUUCCGGGCACUGAUGACAACGUCUUAGCGUCAGGAGCCAUGGAUAAUGAUGUUCGUAUCCAUUAUGCUCCAUUCCGUGAAGAUUGCUCGAAAGUAUUUCGUGUUCAUCGAAAUCGAGUGAAAGACAUUGGGACGUCUUGGGCAGUGCCCAAAGUGUUUUGGACCGCAGCAGAGGAUGGAUUGGUGUAUCAAUUUGAUCUACGUGCGUUACCUAAAACAAGUGGACGAUGUGAAGUUCCCGAUACUUCCGGAGUUCUCAUAAAUUUGGGAAAAGAUCGAAAUGGUCGAGAAUUGAGAGGAAUGGGCAUUACGGUGCAUCCAUUGGACCCUACUAAAGUCGUUUUAGCCUGUGGCGACUUUUACACACGAAUGUAUGAUCGACGCAUGUUAAGAGUACAACAGCAUAUUUCAACGGCUAAAAAUGCUGGAGCUACAAACCCUAUAGAAGUCUUCGCACCACCACAUUUACACUUGGAUACUUAUUGUGAUAACAAGGCGCAGCGAUUGCAUGAUAAAUGCCAUGGAACGAGCAUUCAAUUUAGCAGUGACGGAUCCGAAAUUUUGGCGAAUUAUCAUAACGACCAUAUUUACCUAUUUAGAGUUAGGUCAAAUGAGACAGUAGUCUUUACAACAGAUAACAAGAGCGAGCCCCAUAUCCGACCGCUUGCUUGGCUGAAUGGUUCGCACAUGGAUGAACCAUUUUUGCCGCUGGAUUUGCAUUUGGAAGGAGUGCAAAUGCUACAUGAUCAAGGACGAGAGGCAUUAAAAACAAAUGAGUAUACACGAGCUCUUAAGUCGCUGAAUUUGGCGUGUGGUGCACUUGGCAUGAUCGAAAUGACUGCGACACAACGGAAAGAACUGCAUCAUGACUGCGCGAAGGCUUAUCUUGGGCGGUCAUGGAAUGCUGAUACUUAUUUAGCUGCUGUCCAGUGCAAAAAGGCUUUAGAGCUUGAUCCAUAUGAUCGCGAGGUGGAGUUGACGUAUAUUAAAGCACUUAGUGCAGGAAAUAGGAAGCCACAAGCCAAGUGGCAGGCACGACGAUACAAACAGAAGUACCCAGAUCAUGAAGCGGAUGUAAAUUCAAUUAUGGACGGGCUCGCAUCAGCUGACCAAGGUGGAAACCGAACUAUUCGUUUGCUCCAGUCAAUGGAUGAAGACAAUUCAAGUGAUAAUGAGGAGGAUGGUUCUAACGAGAUCCAAGACGGGACUGAUGAGGACAAUUUACCCGAUGAUGAUGAUGGUUUCUGGGAGGGCGGAUUGGUGUGUAGCACACCCGUGAAUUGUGACGCUCUUCGACGCUAUAUUGGAUAUUGCAAUGUGCAAACCGACAUAAAAGAAGCGGUAUUUUUUGGUAAGAAUGAUGCUUACAUCAUUGCGGGAAGUGAUGACGGCCGGGCGCUAGUGUGGGAUAAAUUUACUGGAGAGUUGGUGAACGCUAUCAAAGCGGAUGCAGAUAUUGUAAAUUGUAUACAGCCUCAUCCAUUUGAUGCUUGUCUGGCAACGAGUGGUAUUGAAAACGUGAUUCGACUCUGGAGUCCUAUCAGCAGCAAAGAGAACACUCCAACGGAAAGUGAAUUGGCGGACAUCAUUUCGAGAAACCAAAGCCAAAUGAAUGAUAUUGGGACUUCGUUUGAGGGUGCAAUGCGAAAUAUGGUACGCCUGGUUUUUCAAUCUGGCGGUGAAGACCAUCAGGCUAUUCAAGAGUGCGCAACCAGUUAA